AUGGAUUCAUCUUUGAUGUUCGAAGAUUCGACUACUAUCGAGCACAUGUCAACAUCGCAGUGCAUGGAAUUGGAAUAUUCUAAUAGCCUGCUAAAACAGGAGAGCAUCGCCAAGGACGAAAACUCGAGGCGCCUUCAACUUCAAAUCCUCCUGCUUCAAGAUGAUAACGACGAACUCCAGCGACAAGUAGCCAUGGAGAGCGAGCGAAACACUCAACUUGCCAAAGAGAACGAGCGAAACGCCCAACUUGCCAAAGAAAACGAGCGAAACGCCCAACUUGCCAAAGAAAACGAGCGAAACACACAACUUCCUGUCGACAACGACCAAAACACAGAACUUCUCCUCGAGAAAGAGCGAAAUACUCAACUUUCCAUAGAGAACGAGCGAAACUCUCAACUUCUCCUCGAGAAAGAGCGAAGCAUUGAAAAACUUACCGCCGAGACCGAGCGAAUCACCCGGCAACUUGCACUCGAGAAGGAACGGAGCGCAAAGAAACUUGCCCUCGAGAAGGAACGGAACACUCGACAGCUAGCCAUCGAGAGCGAGCGCAGCAUCCACAAACAAUCACUAGGAGGUCCAGCGCCAAUAAUCCCUGACGAAACAAAGCGCAACGUCCGCAAGAAGUCAUCUGGGGCUCCCGCGCCAAUAAUCCCGGAUGAACUAGAGCACAACGUCCGCAAGAAGUCAUCAGGAGCUCCAGCGCCCAUAAUCCCUGACGAAGCAGAACCCAAGAAGAAGAAGCGCAAGGUCUUCGGGGCGGCAAAGACGAUAUUUGACGAAGACUAUAACGAGGCAGACAAGCGACCAGCAAGGAUAUCCCUUGCCCCGGCUCUGGCUAAACCUGGAGGAAACCUUGCUUUCCUUCGCAAAAGCGGUGCGGGUAUUGCUAAUGCUGCGUUUUCACCAUUAAAAAAAGACAAGAGGGGUGGAAAGGCCGGGUUUCUUGGGGUUUAA